AUGAGAAAGAUAAGAGGUUUCAAGAUUGGCAAAAGGUUAGUCCGGAUCUCGACCUGGAUCUUCCGUCGGACCCGGAUCCACCCACCAGGUUACAACCUUUUAGGCCAGUCAGAAUCAGAAUCAACAUGCAGGUCCAAGCUAAAGUCCAUUUCGAAAAUCUUCAACUGGGGUCGUCGUUUAACAAAAGGAGCUAAAGCACUUUGCAGUGCAAAACCCGGUUCGGGUUAUGUACCCUUGGGUCAUGAAAACGAACCGUAUUGUGAUAAACCGGCUACAGUACCAAAAGGUCAUUUGGCUGUUUACGUAGGUCAAAAAGAUGGUGACUUUCAUAGAGUUUUGGUGCCUGUGAUUUAUUUUAAUCACCCUUUGUUUGGUGAAUUAUUAAGAGAAGCAGAAGAGGAAUACGGAUUUAAUCAACAAGGUGGGAUUACAAUUCCUUGCCGAUUCUCGGAGUUUGAGAGGGUCCAAACCCGGAUAAAAGCUGGGUCAUGUGGAAGGAAGCCGACGUGGAAACUACGCGAAUUAGUCAAUUUGUCCGUUCCAACGAAGUUUCAGCAAGAAAUUAAGCUAGUGGUUGGUGCGAGUGCGACAAAAGGAAGGCCUCUUGGUCAAGUCGUUGAAACAGUCCAAUGGGCCAAGCCGAAUUUGCGAGGCCCUAAUAAAUACGUCGUCGUCCUAGCAGUGGGAGCUGAUAAACAAGAGCGACGUCGUUUUCAACGAAUUAAGAGUUCCAAAACAGAAACGACGGCUCAUGAAAAAGAGAGAGGGAGACGGAGAGAAAACACACAAAUUGAAAAAAGCAUUCACUCUGGAGGAGUUCUAUUUUCAGAAACUUCCAAUUAUCUUGCCAAAAAAACAAUGAUCGAGACAGAUCCAGUGGAACUACUUCGAGGAGCAUCAUAA